CGAAACCUUGAGAAUCAGGUGAAGAAGAUGGAUGAUUCAAUCGCAUAAUAUUCCGUAAUUUCUGGUAAAUUUCAAUUCUUUAGAUGAAUAGUUAAAGAAAAGAAACCACUUUCUCUCUUUGCCUUAGUCUUAAGCUUCAAUGAUGCGUUUCAAAGCUCAGUUCAACAUUAGCAUUGCUCUCUCCUCCAUCACUCACCAAACCCAAGUUUCAAAAUCCAAACUUUCUACUGUUCACACUACACUAAGAUGUUUCCAAACUGGUAGAUUUGUCUGUGGGGCUGAACAAUCUUCUUUAAGACAUUGGUCUCAGUCACCAACACGGGUAUUCGGUAACCGAAUUUCACGAGCUAUGAAGAACGAAGCUCAAAAGGCUCUCUUUGAUUACUUGCAUAACACUAGAACUCUUAGUUUCGUUGAUGCAGAGCAUAUAAGUAACAACUCCCCUAGGUUUAUCUCUUCUUUGCUGUCCAGGAUUGAUACUAGGAAAGAGGAUAUAUCUCAGUCUUUGACGAAGUUUCUAAGGUACAAUCCCAUCAACGAGUUUGAGCCCUUUUUCGAGAGUGUGGGCCUGCGUCCUUCUGAGAUCUCUCGGUUUCUCCAACGGGACCUUGUGCUUUUGAGUGAUGACAGUGUCCUCUUUGAGAAUUUCCAUGUUCUUUGCAACUAUGGGAUUCCUCGUAGCAAGAUUGGUUGUGUGUAUAAAGAAACAAGAGAGAUUUUUGGGUAUGGGAAUGGGGUUUUGUUGUCGAAGCUUGAAGCUUAUGAGAGAUUGGGUCUUGGGAAGCCUAUAGUUAUUAAGCUUGUAACUUAUUGCCCGUUGCUUCUGGUUGGUGGUGGUAUUGAUAGUGAGUUUGUUUCUGUGGUUAGUAAGUUGAAGGAUUUAGACAUGGCAUGUGAUUGGCUUGGGCGGUAUUUGUCUGACAGGAAAACGUAUGAUUGGGGGAAGGUUCUUGAGACAAUGGAGCUUCUUGAGAAGAUGGGAUUCAAAGAGGAGAAGUUGAGUGGUCUUUUGAAAACAUAUCCUGAUUUAGUGGGUGAAACUUCUGGGAAGAAAGCUUAUGUUAUGUUUGAUAAGUUGCUUAAAGUGGGACUUCAGAUGAAAGAAAUCGAUAAGUUAGUGAUUGACCACCCAGAGAUGUUACUAGAGAAGUCUGCAAAAAGCAUUUUGGCGGCUUUGAAGUACAUGAUACAGAUCAAAAUGGAAAAGCAGUUUAUAGUUAGCAUUUUAAGGAAUCACAUGAAGCUUAUCUGUUCAUCUUCUCUGCUAGGACCAAAAGCUGUUUGCAGUAAAUUGAAGAUAGGAAGAGAAGAGUUGCAUCAGAUCAUUAAGGAAGAUCCUCUGAAAUUGUUCAGUUUAGCUUCUAAAACAACAAACAGGAGAAUUGAACUUGAUUCACUGGAUUUUAGGAACGCUGAGAAGACGGCCUUCUUGUUGAAGAUAGGAUAUGUAGAGAACUCCGAUGAGAUGGUGAGUGCUUUGAAGAAGUUCCAAGGGAGGGGAGAUGAGUUACAAGAGAGAUUUGAUAUCCUUGUGAAAGCUGGUUUGGAUUAUAAUGUGGUUACAGAGGUUGUGAAGCGGGCUCCUCAUAUACUCAGCAGGCCUAAAGAUGUCAUUGAAAAGAAGAUUAAGCUUCUAACAGAUUAUUUAGGUUAUCCAGUGGAAUCUCUUGUUGAGUCCCCUACGUAUUUGUGUUAUAGUAUGGAGAGAAUACAUCAGAGAUUCUCAAUGUAUAUUUGGUUGAGGGAAAGAGACGCAGUAAUGCCGAGGCUGACACUAGGCACUAUUGUGGGUAUUUCUAAUACACGGUUUUUAUCAUACUUUGUUAAUUCCCACCCUGAAGGUCCAGCUACUUGGGAAAGUAUAAAGAAAGCAUCUACCUGA